UUGGUAAGUAUCCCACAAAAUAAACAUGGAACAUUCGGCGUCCAGCCGUAAACAUUGAUUCAAACGAAAACCAACAACAUAUAUCAGAAUCCCCCAAUUCUCACAAAUGCAAAACCCUAAUUACACUCAUCAUCCUCAUCAUCAUCGUCACCUUAAUGGCCUCUAUAUCAACAUGCUUCACCAUCACACCUACUACCUCCCCUAAACCUUCUUCCAUAUUCUCCCGCCAAUUCAAUAACAUUUUCCCUACGCACUUUUUCACGUUAACAAUUCACCAUGGUAUCACUAACAACAACAGUAGAAGUUUUGUGUCUGAAAUUAGGGCCACUUCUGACUAUGCUCCGUCUGCGGUUGCACCGGCGGUGGUCCGGCGGCCGGGGAGGAUCAUCGAGAGCGAUAAGUUACCGGCGGAGGUGAGGAAGCGGACGAUGGAGGCUGUGGAUAAGUGUGGAAGGAGAGUGACGGUUGGUGACGUGGCAAGCACGGCUGGGAUUAAGUUGAAUGAAGCUCAAAAGGCGUUACAGGCUAUUGCUGCUGAUACUAAUGGCUUUUUGGAGGUUUCAGAUGAAGGUGACAUCCUUUAUGUGUUCCCAGGAGAUUAUCGUUCAAAGCUUGCUUCUAAAUCACUUUGGAUAAAAACAGAACCGUAUCUCGAGAAACUAAAGUCCGGUGCUCAAUACUUGGUCAGGGUUACUUUUGGAACAGCACUAAUUGCUUCCAUUCUUAUUGUGUUCACAACAAUCAUUGCUAUUCUCACUAGUAGUGACAGUGAUAAUGGUGGAAGUUUCUUCGACUUGCUAUUUAGUCCAUCUGAUUUGUUUUGGUAUUGGGAUCCAUAUUACCAUCGGAGGCAAUUUCAAAACAAACAUCGUGUAAUGAGUUUCGUUGAACCUGUAUUUUCAUUUGUGUUUGGUGACGGUGAUCCAAAUGAAGGUAUUGAAGAACAGAGGUGGAAGAUGAUCGGUCAGUACAUUGGAUCAAAUGACGGUGUUGUUACAGCCGAGGAACUUGCUCCAUAUCUUGAUGUAGAUACUGCUGUGAAGACGGAUGAUGACUCAUACAUACUACCUGUUCUUCUGCGUUUUGAUGGUCAACCACAAGUGGAUAAAGAGGGGAAUAUCUUGUAUCGGUUUCCAUCACUUCAACGUACAGCUGCUUCCAAAAAGAGGAAUCCAAAGGAACUGGAGGAAAUAUUUAAGGAACGUGUUGGAGGGCCUCACAAGUUCUUUAAGGAAAAUAAAUGGGAACUCAGUAAAACUUCCUAUAAAGAGAGGGCCGUGAUUGGUGGUUUGGGCGGGCUCAAUCUGUUUGGGGUGAUUGCUCUUAGUGCCAUGUUGAAGACUGUAAAAAUUGUUGAACCAGGCCCCUUCAUUUCGUUUGUAUAUAAAAUACUCCCUCUUCUUCAGUUUUAUGCUGUCGGUUUUUUUGCUAUUCCUUCGGCCCGAUGGUUUCUUAUUCGAAAAAGAAAUGCUGAAAUAGAAAAAAGGAACCGCGCUAGAGAGCUUCGUGCACAAGCACUUCAAUUGCCGGAUGUUGCUCUCAGACAAAAGAUUCUGAGUGCUCAAGACAUGUCUGAAAGGACCGUGAUUGACCAAUAUCGGAUUGUGUAUACUACUGAUCAAGACGUGUCUGAACAAGACUAUGACAAGCACGAGUGGGAUAUGAGAUUCAAAGAUGCACAAUAGCCUGGUUUGUAGAUUUAUAGAGGGUGUAUAUAUUGUGUAGUCGGUUUUUAAUUUCAAUGAUUUUUGUACGGGUAAUCACUUACUUUUUAGGUAAUAUGGUGAAGAACUGAAGAUUUCAUUAA